GGGUGCAGUUUGGGGCUUGGGACAUGGCAUUGGUAAGCAUCAGGGUGUGUGAUUGGGGUUGAAGCCAGGAGCCCCCAGGAUCUGAGGUACGCCAGGCGGAGGUUGUCCACCGGAAAGAAUCGUCUGCCAGGUGGGAACGGUUGGGUGCCAGAGGAAGGUUUUCUGAGGUGUUGGUCUGUGUUUUACAGGUUCAGAGAAACAGCUGGGAUAAAGGGCCCACGUGAGAGGAGGCAAUGAGUCGCUGAAGCAUCAGACAGCAGGAGGCCUGAGCCAGAGUCACGGUGAUAUCCUGAUCGCUCUUCUGAAGAUCCUGCUCUUGCAGUCGCUGCGGUGUCACAGUUAGGGGCUGUUGGCCAGAUGCUGCUGGAUGCUGACAGGAGAAAGCUGAUUCGGAGACGGGCAGCCAGAGAUGUUUGGACACGUCGUCAUUUUGGAUCUGGCAUCUGAGUGAGGGUCCGUGCUUCAUGAAGCUUUGAAUUUGAGCCAAGGCUGGUAGCCCGCCGGCGGAGCCCCGCAGCCGGGAGGAUGUCGAGCACGGCUCCCUCCAAGAAGCCCUACCGCAAGGCGCCCCCGCAGCAUCGCGAGGUGCGCCACGAGGUCCCCAUCAUUCGGGACGAGCAGGAUGGAGUGAUUUUGGCCGAGCAGAGUCAGGAGCCCUUGACGGAUGCAGAAAGGAUGAAGUUGCUGCAGCACGAGAACGAAGAGCUGCGCCGGCGGCUGACCUACGUGACGAACAAAAUGGAGGCGAUGGAGAGGGAGCUGGAGUCGGGGCAGGACUACCUGGAGAUGGAGCUGGGCCAGAACCGGGAGGAGCUGGAGAAAUUCAAAGACAAAUUCCGUAGGUUGCAGAACAGCUACACCGCUUCCCAGAGAACCAACCAGGACCUGGAGGAGAAGCUGCACGCCCUAGCCUCUCUCAGCCAAAGCUGGAUUUUUGCAAUCAAAAAGGCGGAGAUGGACCGCAAGACGCUGGACUGGGAGAUUGUGGAGCUCACUAAUAAACUGCUCGAUGCCAAAACUACCAUCAACAAGCUGGAAGAACUCAACGAACGCUACCGGCAGGACUGCAACCUUGCGGUACAGCUGCUCAAGUGCAACAAGUCCCACUUCAGGAACCACAAGUUUGCCGAUCUUCCCUACGAGCUGCAGGACAUGGUCAACAAGCAUUUGCACAGCACUCAGGAGUCUUCAGGCCCUGGCCAAGAGGCAACCCAUACCUUGGCCCCAUCUGAUGUUGUGCCCACCUCGGUCAUCGCCAGAGUCCUGGAGAAGCCGGAAUCCCUGGUGCUGAAUUCGGCCAAGUCCAGCAGCGGCAGCUGCCCCAUGGCUGAGGAUGUGUUUGUGCACGUGGACAUGAGCGGAGCCCCUCCUGAGGCCUGCCAGAGCGCGGGCCAGCCGGGGAAGGAGGGAGGGGACGCAGGCAAGCAGCAGAACGGCGGCUGCAAGCCGCAAGGCAGCGUGGAGAGCGUCCCCGAGGACGCGCCGGCCUUUGAGAAGCUCAGCCCAUACCCUACCCCGUCUCCCCCCCACCCCAUCUACCCCGGGCGCAAGGUGAUCGAGUUCUCCGAGGACAAGGUAAGGAUCCCGAAGAACAGCCCCCUGCCCAACUGCACGUACGCCACGCGCCAGGCCAUCUCGCUCAGCCUGGUGCAGAGCGAGGACGAGAGCUGCGACCGGCACCGGACGCUGCCCGGCAGCCCCGCAUCCGAAGGGCGCCGCUCGGCCUCCAGCUGCUCCUGCCAGCAGUCCCCCAAAACAGCCGGGGCUCCCGGCUCGUCCCACAGCAGCCCCUUCAGCAGCCCGCCCCAAAUCCCCAGCGCCUUCGCCAGCUCGGCCAGCUCGGAGGAGGAUCUGCUGGCCAACUGGCAGCGCGUGUUCGUGGACAAGGCGCCCCCCAGCUCGGAGCGGGCGCUGCUGAACCGCACGGCUUUCGGCCGUGACACCGCCCCGGAGCUGCAGAAGAGGUUCAGCCGCUCCAUGCAGGAGCUGGGCAGGGCGGCCUCAGCCUACUCGGACGGCGAGGAGUCGGCGCAGAGCUGCAGCUGGACCGUCAGCCGGGACUCGAGCGUGGACACGGACAGCACCGAGUCCAGAGCCCGCCGGAGCCACUUCUCCUCGGACUACGGCACGGAUUUCUCCCAGGACGAAGCCCAGAAGCUGCUGCAGGGAGGUGGUGGAGGCCCCGCGGAGCCUGGAAGCCCCCCGCUGGAGAAGCACAAGGACUACGUGGACCUCGGCUUGCCCGAGAGCCCGGCUGACGAGAGAGAAAUGUUGCUGCCGGGAUGCAAGGAGAGCAGCCAAGGAGGAGCUCAGGAGGAGAGCGGCGAGGGCAGCAGGGCCAGGCCUCCCUUCGGCCGGCCGCACCGCAGCCCCAAGAGGAUGGGGGUCCACCACUUGCACCGCAAGGACAGCCUGACACAAGCCCAGGAGCAGGGCAACCUGCUCAGCUGAGGCAGGAGCAGCAGCAGCCGCGCGCCGCGGGACGCCUCCACCUCCCCACUUUCUUCCCAGGGAGAAAAACCUCUCGCUACCCUCUCACGCUCUGAAGUUUUAUAUUUAUUCUCCUCUUUGGCUACCCUCGGGCCCGCAGCACACCCGCUGCCCCGGCGCGCUCGCGGCUGUCCCCGCAGCCUCACACUGGUGCCUGUACCGGACUCAGUUCUGGGUACCCCUCGUCCCGGCGUGCCUCUGCCUCUCCGCGCUCUCACCCUCCCUUUUUCCCUUCCCACUCAGGUACCUGAGGCCCUGGCUGCUCUCUUUCAACUCGUGCCAACGGGGCAGAGCGCCCGACGGUGGCGUCUGAGCCCCUGGGAGCCCCCGGGGGCCCCGGCUGCCUCCGUGCGUCCCCUCCCCGGGCAGAGGAGGUUUGGUUUUGGGGCUUUGUUUGUGCGUCUCCUCCCUCACACCUCUUCUUGUUGUUUUGUUGGAAGGCUGCUGCCUCUUCUCCUCUUGGGUGGGCUGCUUUCUUCUCGCCCGCCCUCGGGUUUUUGGGGUGGGUUGUUUUUUUCCCUUCCCCACCCUGCAGAAACAGCCGCAGCGCUUGGCAGCCAGGCUGCUCCCUGCGCCGAGGGCGGCCCCGAGCCCCGAUUCCCUUCUCACCAGCCCGCAGAACGCCCUCCAGCCUCAGCAACGAGAUGGUGAAGGAUGCUGCUGGGAUUUUGGGGGCAGGAGGGCUCGUGGGGAUGCGAGGGCAGUGCUCUGGGAAGCUACUCCCUGCCUCCCGGCUCAGCAGCAGCCCUUUGCCAGGGGCUUUGUGCCCCCUUCUUUUGGGGGGGCCCCAGGCUGGCUCUGGUGCCUCUCUGGGGCUUCCCCUUCUGGGUAGGGCCUCCAGGCGUGUUUUUUUUCCUAGCCUAGCGUGAUCUCGUGACUUUUCUUCGCUGUCUCGUGUGCUCAGUGUCUUAUCGGGGAGGGGGGAGGGAAGGGGAGAGGUCUGUAGGUGUAGGUUUGUUUUUUUGUUUUUUUGUUUUUUUUGAGGGCUCUCGUGGCCUGCUGUCCCGUUUUAAUUUCGUCCCGUGCCCUUGUCUUGUCUCGUGUCUCUCACCUGGCCCAGGGGGGCGAGGCAGAGGGCCAGCCUGGCUCCUGGGCCGUGCUCCCCUCGCACCUGCUGGCUGAUCCUUGGCCUGCUGGCUGUUGGUUUUUUCUUUUUUUUAGUUGCAUUUGCAUUGUCUUCCUGCCCUGCUCCCUCAGUGCUCCUUGCUGGGCUAGGGGAGAGCAUCCCUCUGCCGGGGAGGGAGCCAACAGCCAGAGAUGCAGCCCAAAGCUGCCCGGGGGCCCUGCUCCCCUCCCCAAAUCCCUGUUUUUUCAGAGGGCUGCUUGCAGCUGGGGCCUCAACCCCAGCCCAGAGGCUCCAGGGCCUGUGAAAAGGAGCUGCAGGCCCCUGCGCCGUCACCCUGCGGCCCACCUCAGGCAGCUGCGGAGCCGGGGCUCGGCCUUUCACUGCAGUUAUUUCACUCGAUUCCUGUGCAAACAGGCUGGUGCUGAGAGCAGGAGCCUCCCUUCAGCUCGCAGGGCGUUAUCUCCUGCCCUGAAGCCGGGAGGAGCGGAGCCCUCCCCGGCUGGCGCGGUGCCUGCCCCCUGCGCCCCCCUUGGCUCUGGGGCCUCGAGCUGACCCCGCUCCCGGCAUCCCACCUCCAGACUGUUAAUCUGUAACUAACGUGGUUUGUUUUUGUUUUUGUUUUCUGAAAUUUUCAAACUGAUGUAUAUUUUAAGAGCAGAAAUAAACUAUUUUAAAAGUAA